UCAGCUCCUCCCCCGCGCAGAGGCGCCUCCCCCGCGGCCAUGCGGCUGCUGCGCGCCCUGCUCCGCUGCGCCCCGGCGGGCGGCGUCCCGCAGCAGGUGGAUUUCUAUUCGCGCUUCUCCCCGUCGCCGCUCUCCAUGAAGCAGUUCCUGGACUUCGGAUCUGAAAAUGCCUGUGAAAAGACUUCAUUCAUGUUUCUGCGACAAGAGUUGCCUGUGAGAUUGGCAAAUAUAAUGAAGGAAAUAAGCCUGCUUCCGGAUAACCUCCUAAGAACACCUUCAGUUCAGCUGGUGCAGAGCUGGUAUGUCCAGAGUCUUCAGGAGAUCCUUGACUUUAAGGACAAAAGUUCAGAAGAUUCAGGGGCUAUUCAUAGUUUUACAGAUACUGUGAUAAAAAUCCGUAAUCGUCACAAUGAUGUCAUUCCAACGAUGGCCCAAGGAGUAAUAGAGUACAAGGAAAGCUUUGGCAUUGAUCCAGUGACCUCACAGAAUGUGCAGUAUUUUUUAGACCGUUUCUACAUGAGUCGCAUUUCAAUUAGAAUGCUUCUUAAUCAGCACUCUUUACUUUUUGGUGGGAAAAUUAAUCCAGCUCAUCCAAAACACAUUGGAAGCAUUGAUCCUAGCUGCAAUGUUGUUGAAGUUAUUGGAGAUGGCUAUGAAAGUGCCAAGAGACUUUGUGAUUUGUAUUACAUGAGCUCUCCAGAACUCAUCCUUGAAGAGUUGAAUGUUAAAUCACCAGGACAGCCCAUGCAAGUGGUGUAUGUGCCAUCACAUCUCUAUCACAUGGUUUUCGAACUUUUCAAGAAUGCAAUGAGAGCCACCAUGGAACAUCAUGCUGAUCGAUGCAUUUAUCCUCCAAUUCAUGUUCAUGUCACGUUGGGAAAUGAAGAUUUAACUGUGAAGAUGAGUGAUCGUGGUGGGGGUGUUCCUAUGAGGAAAAUUGACAGAUUAUUCAACUACAUGUAUUCAACAGCACCACGUCCACGUGUUGAGACUUCACGAGCUACACCUUUGGCUGGAUUUGGUUAUGGCUUACCCAUAUCACGUCUGUAUGCGCAGUACUUCCAAGGAGACCUGAAACUGUAUUCCUUAGAAGGCUAUGGUACAGAUGCAGUUAUUUACAUAAAGGCCUUAUCAACAGAAUCAAUUGAAAGACUCCCGGUAUAUAACAAAGCAGCCUGGAAACAUUACAAAGCAAACCAUGAGGCAGAUGAUUGGUGCGUGCCAAGCAGUGAGCCAAAGGACAUGACCACUUUUCGCAGUAUAUAAGCUUUUCCCUCAACAGUUCGUAAGAAGUAGGUAGGUCUGUAAAGAGCGUUGAAAAGACCUGAUGUACACCAAGAUGGUGAGCCACAUUUGAUAUGUGAAAAUCACUUUAAGCGUAGUAACGGGAAGUUUUAAUGUAAUUACUCUCUUCUGGAAUUAAAAAAAAAAAAACAAACCAAGAAACCCCCCAAACCUGUACAUACUUUCAAAUUUUAAGUGAGAAGGUCACAUUUAAUUUCUUUCAAUUUCUAUUUAUGACUACUUACAGUAGCUAAAAUCACGGGAGCAGUAAUUUUGGGUUUUAUAGGGACCAAUGCAAUCUAUUUCAUAUCUAAGGAGAAAUGUAUUAAUUCAUAUAAUUACAAAAUUGUUUUAAUAGAAUUACUGAAAAAGCUAACAAGCAUUUUUAACAUUACACAAUAUUACAGAUUAAUGAAAAACUGAUGUAAGAAAUACUGAGGAGCUCAUUGCUGUACCUUUACACCCCUGUGGCACUUUCUGUUAUCUUAAGCAUGCUGAAGACUAGUUUUGCAAAGUUACAUGUGUUGCCUACACGCCUUGCCUACAUCAAGGUUUUUUGCAGUGGUAGAAAUCACACUUAGGUCUGAAGGGUUAAAAAAAAAAAAGAAGCUGCUAGCACUGAUCUAAUGCAUCUCAGGUAUGUGGUACCAGUCAUAUCAGUCAGGUGAGUAUUUAAUACAUGUGAAAAACUUACCUUGCUGUGAUCGUUAUGAAUUAGCAAAUAGUGUUGGCUCAUGUACAGUAAAGAUGUGCACUUGCUUUUAUUUUGGUAGGUAAUACCAAAACACAGCAUCAGUGUUUUAGCCUUAGUAAGAUCCCAGGCUUUGGGGUAUGUCAGGUUACAGCUGUGAAUGGAAACUGUUUCAGUAAACAGAUUUUUAAAAUUUGCCCUUAGUGGGGCAUCUCUUGUACUCUGACGAUGGAAGCUACCUUCUCAGGAACAUUUAAGAAUAUGUGGAAUUAACAGUUGUAUUUGUGAUGUGCUUCUGGCCUUGCUUACAUAGUAACUGGAAGUCCCACCAUAGCGCAGAUAAGGUAAGCAGAAUGUGAUUAUCAGACAAAGGCAAACGGUCAAAAUGUACUGGGGAAGAUAGAGAGGAGAAUGGGUAUUACUUUUCAGGUAUAAAGUCCUUAUCAAAAUAAAAUUUAAUUUUUCUUAAUGUCUAUUGUGCCAGCUUUGUUCAAAUCAAACAUAACUGUUGCACUUCAAUCCCUGUCAUUCCUGAACAUUUCUGGAGUGAUGCAGUUAAAGACACAGAGAACUAAUCCUUUUCUUGGUGAAUUCAUUGCAUGUAAUUAUGUGAUUUUAUUGUUCAGCAGCAGACGCGCAUAAUCCCUCUCAGAAAGAAUAAGGCUAAAUUUUGCUAACAGAGAGCAGCAGGUGAGACCCCACAACUGAAGGGAAUAGCUGGUAUGUUAGAAAUUGAAGUCAUGCUAUGCUUAUUGCGGCUGAGCCAGAUUACAGACAGGUGCUACCUCCCUAGCAAAACUAUUCUGUGAAACAAGAAAAUGAUUCUAUACCUUGGUCAAGCUCAUGUAGGUCACUUUAACAGGAGCAACUUACAGAAUGGGCUAUAUAUGCAGUUAAACUGACACUGAGGGAGGAUUAAUUUAGCUUAAUUGCCACCAGUGCAGUUAUCUGCCCCACUCAGGCUUGUGCGGCACUUUGAAUAGAGCCAUAUUUUUCUUCUUUACAUAGGUAUGAGGUGGUGGCUGGCAUAGCUUUCACUCUGCAUGGCUACAAGUGAGGAGAAUCUAAAGCUAUUGUUUUGUUCAACCCUGCAAGAGGCUGUAUGUAUGUGAGAAAUUCCAUGCAUGGUAAAACAGGGCCUGUACAAAAUGAAAGAGGGAAUGCUUGCAGCUAUUUGGUUUACUAAACUAAAGCUGAAAGUUACAGCGAGGGAUUUUAAAAACUCAACUCUGAAGCUGAACAUUCUAGCUUUUACGUUAAGUUUUAAAUAACUAAGUUAAUUGAACUGAUUUUAGUAGUACCCAAGGACUACAAGAAAAGCUAACACAGUUUGAUUUCUACAAAGUCUGUUGAAAUAUUUUAUAUGGUAUUAUUGAAUUAAAGCCUGUUUCUAGCUAGUGCUUGAAUUCUGGUUAUUUGAACAACUUGCCGUGUAAUUAUAUUUGUAUCUGUCUUCUCACCUGCCACCUCCCUCAAAUGGUUGUGGUGAAAACACAAAUGUAAUAAUACAUUGGUUUACAAUGUUUAACCCUUCUUACAAGAUUGAUCUUUGAUUAUUUUUGAUUUAAAUUGAAAUUCAGGAGAUAAUUUUUCACUUAGUAUCUUCAUUAUUGUACUGAAUUUAUUGCUAGCACAGUGGUUAAGUUGAAGUGAAUCACUGUAGAAAAUCAGCAUACUAGCUCAGCUAUCAGAAUGCUAAUAUUAAUAGGUUUGUACGGAAAUGAACUCCAUCUCACACUGUAAAAUUAAUCUUGGUUUGUGUUAAGUUGAUUUUUUUGAAAGAGUCACUACAUUUGUUCAUUAAAACUAUUUUAAAAAUUAAACUUUCAGUUGAGUGAUUUUGUGCCUUGGUACUAAGCUGGCUGCAUGGAGCCAGCGUUCCGACUGAGCAUCGGACAGAUUAAAUGCUGUGGUCUGUGAUUAUCAAAGUUCUUAUGCUCAGGUGUCAUGGGAGUUUAUCAACCCUGCUAUGGCCCCAUUUAACUCCAGCAGCUCUGCACAUAAGCAAACCUUUGAAACCAUUAUUUCCACUCGUCUCCUGAGAAAAACUUCGCAGGGUGAAACAGUCAGGUUAGUAGGCUUGAAGAAAAAAGGAGGUACAUGGUUGUAUCAAUAUUCUCUGUUCUAGCUGAGAGCACAUAACUGACAAAUAACCUUCCUUGACUGAAAUAACUGAAGGAUGGUUUCAUGUAUUUGAUCAUUCCAUACUUCUAAUUCCCUUCUCUUUAAUCAGUAGGGCAGCAUUCCUUUUCCGGCUCAAGCUCUGUAAGGUUGGAAUACAAACUCAAAGCUACCUGGAAACAAAAUAAAUAAUUUAAACUUGACUGCAUAAAUUGCUUCUUAAUGCAUAAACGUGAAAA